AUGCAUCUGUCACUACUUGCGGCCUUUGUUGGCCUACUAUGCCAGGUUAAUGCACAUGGCGAGCACGCGCAUUCAAAACGGCCUGAAGUGCCACCAGGGGCGGAUUGGACCACCAGACAUAUGAUUGAGGAGCACCACAUAGCCGAUUUCGACGCGGGCGCCUUCUUCACACUGCACGACUUCGACAGCACCAACCAGUGGACACACGACGACAUUUACAAGUUCUACGGUCUACACCACGAAUCCACAAAGCACAUUUCAGACGCGGACAAAGAAAAGGCCGUCAAUCAGGUGCUCGACCUGUACGACCACGAUCACAAUGGGGCGAUUUCAUUUGCGGAGUACACCAUUUCAGAGGCCAAGGGCGUGAGGUUACCCGACUUUGGAUACGGUCCUGGCCAUCAUGGCGAUGAUGAGUAUGAGUAUGAGAUACAUCAUUGGGAGCUCUAUCACGAUGAGAACACUACGGAGGAAGAUCUGAUCCAUCCUGAGGAUAUUGAGCACUUCAGACAUCACGAAGAGAUGGAGGCGGCAGAGGAGCGCCAGCAGAUAUUGGACCGCAUGCCCAUCAACGAAGCGAACAUUCCACAGAAGUAUCGACGAUGGCCUUGA